AUGGUCGUCACCAAGGUCGGGCAGUGGAGCAACGUCGAGGACGAGGUGCUCAAGGCGGCCAUCUCCAAAUAUGGGCUGAACCAGUGGGCGCGGUGCGCGUCGCUGCUGGCGAAGAAGACGGCCAAGCAGUGCAAGGCGCGCUGGAACGAGUGGCUCGACCCGUCGAUCAAGAAGACGGAAUGGUCGCGCGAGGACGACGAGAAGCUGCUGACCAUGGCCAAGCUGCUGCCGACGCAGUGGCGCACCAUCGCGCCCAUUGUCGGGCGUACGGCGACGCAGUGCCUGGAGCGCUACCAGAAGCUGCUGGACGAGCAGGAGUCGCGCGAGAGCGGCGACCUGGCGCUGGCCGGGCCCGACGGCGGCGAGGCUGCGGCGCCCACGGCCGACGAGGUGCGCCGCCUGCGCCCGGGCGAGGUCGAUGCCUACGCCGAGAGCCGCCCCGCGCGCCCGGAUGCCAUCGACAUGGACGAGGAGGACAAGGAGAUGCUGUCCGAGGCCCGCGCGCGCCUGGCCAACGUCAGCGGCAAGAAGGCGAAGCGCAAGGCCCGCGAGCGCCAGCUGGACGAGUCGCGGCGCCUGGCCCUGCUGCAGAAGCGCCGCGAGCUGAAGGCGGCCGGCAUCAACAUCAAGAUCGCGCCCAAGAAGGGCAACCACAUCGACUACAACGCCGACGUGCCGCUCGAGAAGAACGUCCCGGCCGGCUUCUUCGACACGGUCGCCGAGCUCGACUCCAACGAGCGCCAGCGCGAAUCCUUCGACCCGCGCAGGCAGCAGCUGGCCAACAAGCGCAAGGCCGAUGCGCCGGACGACGGCGGCGACAGCAAGAAGAAGAAGAAAGCCGACCAGCCGGGCGGCCUGGCGGCCUCGUACGCCAAGGCCGCGCACAUGCAGAAGAUCCGCGAGGCCGAGCAGAGCAGCAAGCGCCGCGGGCUCGUGCUGCCCGCGCCGCAGGUCGGCGACGCGGACAUGGAGGCCAUUGUGAAGAUGGGCCUGCGAGGCGAGCGCGCCGCCACCGGCAGCAGCAGCGACAACGCCGCGACCCGGGGCCUUGUCGGCAACUACUCGAGCAUCGCCAGCAGCACGCCCAUCCGCACGCCCAUGGCGCCCAAGGAGGAGGACGCCAUCGCCAACGAGGCCCGCAACGCGCGUCUGCGCACAGAAACACAGUCUGCGCUGCUGGGCGGCGACAAUCCCGACUUUGACGAGGACGACGCCCCCGUGUCGCUGUCCGCGCCGUCCACACGACACCAGAUGGUUACGCCAAACCCGCUGGCGACCCCCUACCGGCAGGGCGAGGCGGGCGCAACACCCAUGCGCCACGGCCCAGGAGCCACACCGAUGCGCACCCCGCGCGAUACCCUGCGGCUGAACGGCGAGGACGGCGCAAUGCAGCUCGCUGGACAGACCCCGCGCGACAUUCGCCUGCGCGAACAGGCCCGGCGCCACGACCUCAAGAGCAGACUCGCCGCGCUUCCCCAGCCCAAGGAAGAGAGCUGGGAGUUUGAGCUCCCCGACGAGACGGCAGCGCCCGCCCCCGUCGAGCUCAGCGAAGAAGACGCCGCCGACCGCGACCGCCGCGCCCGCGAAGCAAGAGACGCCGCCGAACGCGCUGAAUUCGCACGCCAGACACAGGUCGUCCAGCGCUUCCUGCCCCGCCCAUCAGUCGUCGACAUCGACGCUCUCAUGCAGCGCGCCCUCGACCUCUCCGACCCCGUCGAGCGCGAAGUGGACCUUGAAAUGGCCCAGCUCAUCGCGCACGACGUGCACAAGUUCGGCUCCGGCCACGUCACGGGGUCCCUACCGCCGCUGCAGAAACACACCGACGCGGCACUCCGCGCAGCAAAGAUGGAGCUCGCGCUCGAGUACGGCGCCCAGUCCGCCGCGGAAAAGACCAAGUUCGCCGCCGACUUCUCGCACGCCUGGACCAAUCUGCACGGCGCCACCGUCCUGCCCGGCAUCGCGGGCUACGACGACGACGACGACGACGACGAACACCACCUGCUCCGCUCCGCCUUCGACGCCGCCCAGGACGCCAUCAUCAGCGCCGCCUCGGCCGCAAACAGCAUCGAGAAGACGCUCGCCAAGCACCAUGGCGGCUACAUCCAGCGCUCCAAGAUGUUGACGCUGAAGAUCGGCCAGGCGCACGCCGCGCUCGAGACGCAGAGGCGGGAUCUGGACAGCCAGCGGACCAUGUUGUAUGCGGAGCAGACGGCGAUUGGGAGGCGGCUGGAGAGUUUGCGGGCGGAGGUUAGCUUUGUGACGCGCAGAGAGAGGGAGGCGCAGGAGUUGUAUCGGACGCGGAGGGACGAGUUGGCCGGGCUGAGGGAGCUGAACGGCGCGCACUGA